CAGGCAGCAUUGCCACGAGUCAAGGCUGAAGGGGCAAUGGCGGGGAGCAAGCAGCUGGAACAAACAAGUAAAAGCACUGACUCAAGUGCCCACAUGAUCACCACCGCCAGGGUACCUGCUGAUAAGCCAAUACGAAUUGCCUUCAGCCUGAAUGAGUCCCCAGAUGAUGCUUCUCCUGAAAACUCCUUCCCUUUGGAAUUUCCAGAACUAGAUCAGCAGCUGCAGCCUCUGCCUCCUUGUCAUGACUCUAAGGAAUCUAUGCAGGUCUACAAACAGCACUGCAAAAUAGCAGAAGAGUACCAUGAGGUCAAGAAAGAAAUUGCUCUGCUGGAAGAAAGAAAAAAGGAGCUGAUUGCCAGGCUGGAACAAGUGGAAAAAGAAAGCAUGGAUGCUGCUCAGCUGGCUAAGGAGUAUGCAGAACUGACAGAGGAGAAUCGAACACUGAAGCUGGCCCAGACACAGUGUGUAGAACAACUGGAAAAGCUCAGAAUACAGUAUCAAAAAAGACAGGGAUCCUCAUAACUCUCAACUAGCUUAUAUGAGGCAGUAUAAUACAGGCUUGUUCCUGUGCUGGAAAGAGAUUUUAAAAUAAAGGUCUGUUUAAUAUGUUACAAUACUUUACUACAGAUACAGAGUAUGUAGAAGUCUAUAUUUGAUUUAAUGCUUGCCAGCCAGUAGCUUAAUAUAAUGGAUAUUUCAUCCAUUAUAUAAUGGAUAUUUUAUUUCAAGUAACAUAAUUGAAGUUAAUCUAUCCCCAUUAUAUGUUCUAGUAGAUCAGGUUUCUUUUCUAAACAUAUUUCUUCCAAUUUAAGAAGAUAUGGACACACUAGAAAAUGAUAUAAAUAGUCUGUGUGUUGGGAAUCUGGACCAUACUAAGGCAUACAGCAGGGGCGAUGUUAAUAUAUGGAAUACAUGUAUGUUAAUUUUAGUUUGGUGAACAUUUUUUUAAUUAUUUUCCUCAUACCUAAAAUGUUUGGAAGUUAUCUUAAAAUGGAUCUCCUUAUGGGUAAAAACCAUGCUUUAUGAGCCCAUAUCUACUUUACAGUGUUGUAUAAAAUUCAAGAAAUUGUUCAUUAAAAAAUUAAAGUAACACAAUUACUUUUUAUCAACUGAGUGUAUUACCAGUAAUAAUUUGCAAGUUAUGAAAUUGAAAGGAAACAGAACAGAUCAAGUUUUCCUUCCUCAGGCAUAAAGAUAGCUUGUGAGUCUUCUUUUUGUAUUUUUUGGCAUGCCAGAAAUGAAAAAAUAAUAUAUGAGCGCUACUGUCAUAGUUUCAACUGAGAAUAUGUCAGUUAAAGUACCAUAAGGGUAUUUUGUUCUUAUUUUCUGGGCUGUUUUGAAACAUAAGUGGCUGUAAGUAGGGACAGGAGUUCUGUGACAUACAAAUAACCUGGAAUUAAAGUAUUUGUUUUACUUGCUCUAUUUAUCCUUUUACUUUCCUAGAUCAAUUGAAAAUUCUUUGUUAUACUUCCAUUUCUAUUCAUACAAUAUUUUUUUCAUUAAAAGCAGAUAUAGAAAAGCCA